CGGGCCCCGCGCUUGGUGCAGUGUCACGGCCGGCCCGGCGCGCCCGGCCAUGAAGCAGGAGGGCGCGUCCCGCCGCCGCGGCGACAAGGCCAAGGCCCCCCCCGACGGGCCGCCCCCCGCGCCCCCCGACGUCGAGAUGCAGGAGGAGGCGGCGGCCGAGGGGGCCGGGGAGCGGCAGCCGCAGCGGGAGCUGGACGCCAUCACGUUGGAGGAUAUCAAGGAGCACGUGAAGCAGCUGGAAAAGGCGGUGUCGGGGAAGGAGCCGCGCUACGUGCUGCGGGCGCUGCGGGCGCUGCCCUCCACCUCCCGCCGCCUCAACUCCAACGUGCUCCACAAAGCCAUCCACGGCUUCUUCACCUCCAACAGCACCACGCGGGAGUUCCUCCUCGGCUUUCUGGAGGAGUCCAUGGACACGGAAGCGGAGCUGCAGUUCCGCCCGCGGACGGGGAAGGCGGCCUCAGCCCCGCUCCUGCCAGAAGUGGAGACCUACCUCCAGCUCCUCCUGGUCAUCUAUCUGAUGAACAGCAAGCGAUACCCGGAGGCUCAGAAAGUGUCCGAUGACCUGAUGCAGAAGAUCAGUUCCCAAAACCGUCGGGCCCUUGACCUGGUGGUGGCAAAAUGUUAUUACUACCACUCCCGCAUCUACGAAUUCCUGAACAAACUCGAUGUGGUCAGGAGCUUCCUGCACGCCCGGCUACGGACAGCCACGCUGCGCCACGAUGCUGAUGGACAGGCCACCCUCCUGAACCUCCUGCUGAGGAACUAUCUCCACUACAACCUCUACGACCAAGCAGAGAAACUUGUCUCCAAGUCAGUGUUCCCGGAACAGGCCAACAACAACGAGUGGGCUCGGUACCUCUACUACACAGGGCGCAUCAAGGCCAUCCAGCUGGAGUACUCGGAGGCGCGGCGGACGAUGACGAACGCGCUGCGGAAGGCGCCGCAGCACACGGCCGUGGGCUUCAAGCAGACGGUGCACAAGCUGCUGAUCGUGGUGGAGCUGCUGCUGGGGGAGAUCCCAGACAGGCUGCAGUUCAGACAGCCCUCCCUCAAGCGCUCGCUCAUGCCCUAUUUCCUCCUGACUCAGGCCGUCAGGACUGGGAACCUGGCCAAGUUCAACCAAGUCCUUGAUCAGUUUGGGGACAAGUUCCAGGCUGAUGGCACCUAUACCCUGAUCAUCAGGCUGAGGCACAAUGUCAUCAAGACAGGUGUCCGUAUGAUCAGCCUCUCCUAUUCCCGCAUCUCCCUGGCUGACAUUGCCCAGAAGCUGCAGCUGGACAGUCCGGAGGAUGCGGAGUUCAUCGUGGCCAAGGCCAUCCGGGAUGGUGUGAUCGAGGCCAGCAUCAACCACGAGAAGGGCUACGUCCAGUCCAAGGAGAUGAUUGACAUCUACUCCACCCGUGAGCCCCAGCUGGCCUUUCACCAGCGCAUCUCUUUCUGCCUGGACAUCCACAACAUGUCUGUCAAGGCCAUGAGAUUCCCACCCAAAUCUUACAACAAGGACUUGGAAUCUGCAGAGGAGCGCCGGGAGCGCGAGCAGCAGGACCUGGAAUUCGCCAAGGAGAUGGCAGAGGACGAUGACGACGGUUUUCCAUGACCCUUGGGCCCAGCUGUAUUUUUUUAUUUGUCCCUAGGGAAGAUGCUGUCUGAGCGGAGCCCCCCGCAGCCCCCUCCCCCUCUGCCUUUCUUUUAUAAAUACCUGCAUGUCUGUGCUGCGGGAGGGGACAGGGGGGUGCCCUGGGCCCCCGGGCCCUGUGCCCCCAUCCCCCUUCCCCAAGAACUAAACAUUCUUUUAAGGUUGCUGGUGGUGAGGGUCGUGGCUGAGCCUGGCACAGGCACAGACCAGGAAUUUGGGAGCUCCAGGGGAUGCAGGGCCAGGGCAGGUGGGGGGCAGGAGCCCGGGACCGCGGGUGCCCCCAGCUCUCACAACAAUAAUGGGGUCAAACUUUGUUAAGCAUCAAUUAUGACUUUUAAAAUAAAAGUUAGAAAAACACCA